AUGGAGGACGACACAGAGCUGAGCCAGUCCUUAUACUCUAUGAUAUUGGCCCCGUUCACAGAAGCUCGGCGUACCAUAAUCUCCAAACCUGCACGGCGAGCCUAUAUCAAUACCAUCCUCUUCUGCCUCACCUCCGCCGCCCUUCUCUGCAUUUCCAUUGUCGCAUAUUGGAUCUUCUACUACAACUAUGUGCCGCAGAUCUCGCUGGAGCGACAAGUUCAUCUACAAUUCGGUGAUGGACACCCUUAUGGCACUGCGACGUUGGGCACAGAAUUGAUCGCUGCGCAACAAUAUGAUGUCAGCGUCAUUCUGUACCUCCCGCGCAGCCCGCCCAACCUCGCCGCUGGCAAUUUCAUGGUUGAUCUUGCGUUAUUCUCUUCUGCGAAAACAAAUACGAAUACAAAGAUACCAACUGAGGCAAGUUCUAUUGAAAGUUCGCGGAGGCCUGCAAUUAUGACUUUUACAUCCCCGAUGGUGGAUACAGCCAAGAGGGUGUCAAAAAUGCCACUCUACCUGCUCGGAUGGCAGAGGGAGGCAGAGGGCUUGAAGGUUAACAUGAUGGAUCGGGUGGAGUUUGGAAGAAAGAAAGGGGCUAUGCCAAAGACAUUGAGGCUGGAGAUUGAGAGUGAGGAGAAAAUACAGGUGUAUAGUGCUGUCGUCAAAUUCGACGCGAAGUUUAGCGGGCUAAGAUGGAUUAUGUAUAAUUGGAAAAUUUUCUCCAUUCUGACAUUCACGUUGACUUUCUGGGCCGUUUCAAUGCUCUUCACAUCUCUAGUGUGGGUAGCUCUGGCGAGUCUGGCAGAGCCAACAGUAAGAACGAAUCCAAAAUUAAAAGAUGAGACUGAAGAGGAAGAAAAUAGCAGUGGCAUUUCUGUCAAAGAAGAGGAGGGAAGUGAUGGUGAAGGUGCUUCUUCUAAGCUUACUAUGCCACACGAAAGACAAAUGAGCGAUGAACCAGAGAAGAUUAAAAGGGAAGAAAAUACCGAAGAAUAUACGGUGAUUCAGACAUUGGCUGGAAGCGACCAGCCCGAAGCUGAAGCAGGUGCGCACCCAGUUGGUACCAGCACGUCAUCGCAAAUAACUGCAAGGGAUAACUCGGAGCUGGUCGCCCAGAGGCGCAGAGGCAAUUGGAAGAUUUGGAAAGUCAAGGGGAGCCUAAUCAAGUUAGCAAUUUAUCCGGUUCAGUAUUCAAUUGUCUUCCCCCCGGCUGUUGUCAACGACGACGGGCCUCCCUCGAAUCAAUCUUCGCCCUAUGUACAUCCAUUGGUUCACACGCUCGAAUCCGCUGGCCAUGUAGUCUCUGUCGUCCUCCCGCACAGACAGCGGUCAUGGAUCGGUAAGGCCCACCUCGUUGGAGCGACCGUGAAGCCUACAUACUUCCGUCCGGGCACCCUCCACAAAGACGACGGCACCAUCCACCACCUUCCUUUGGGAGCCGAGGGGGAAAACGAUAAUAUGGAGCCGAUAGUAAACGAGUGGAUCCUCAUUGAUUCCACACCCGCCAGCUGCGUCCAGAUCGGACUAUUCCACUACUUCAAGGACCGCGGGCCCAUUGACCUUGUUAUCUCUGGGCCUAACUACGGUAGAAACUCAACUGCCGUCUUUGCGCUCUCGAGCGGCACACUUGGUGGUGCAUUGGAGGCUGCAGUAUGCGGAUACAGGUCAAUUGCUCUCUCGUACGCCUUCAGCUCGCGGGACCAUGAUCCUGUCGUCAUUGCGGAAGCGUCGAGACAUUCUGUACGCCUAAUUGGACAUCUGUAUAAGAACUGGGAGGAAGAUGUUGAUUUUUACAGCAUAAAUGUACCCCUCGAAGCCGGGGUCAGCGAAGCUAAAAUCCUCUACACCAAUGUCCUAGAUAAUCGUUGGACCUCUGGGAGCUGUUUCGAAGCCAUAGAUGCUGCGGAAAGUGGGGAGGGCCCAGAUUUGCAGGAGCAGAAGUUACGCCAGGCUGGGGAAGUAGAUGCCGGGUUGGGGAAAGGGACGAAACCGGGAACAGGCACAACCACGCCAGGACAUCGGCAUAUGCAUUUCAAGUGGGCGCCAAAGUUUUCGGAUGUUUACAAGAGCGUUGAUCUUGGUCCUCCAGGGAAUGAUGGAUGGACAGUUAAGGAGGGGAUGACAAGCGUUACGCGCUUGAAAGCGAAUUUUAUGCAUUCACCAAGGCCUUUGGGAGAAAUUCAGUUACCCUUCAAAACACCCAUAUUCUAUGCUCUAGUGGAAUGCCAGGACUCAUAUGUGCAACCCCUUGUAACCCAAGCCCUACGGACACGCUUGCACGGAAUCCCUUACGAAUUGAUAUUUUCCAUUCGUGAACUUCCCAACCCCUCGUCUCCCCUACUUCAAUACCGAGUGUACGAGCAAUGCGAUUUUGAGCACGUCUUAUCCCAUCCUGCAACUUCAUUGGUAAACGCCUAUGUCAUCCGCAAAGCGCUAAUUAGGAAACACUACUUAUCAAACUCGGUGUCGAACUGGGUGGCAAAACAUCCCGACAGCAUUUUAAAUGCGCACGUCAAGCCAGCUGUCCAUUUUGAGCUGGAUUAUGCGGAGUUUCUUGACGAGGCGCUGGUCGAGGCAUAUGAGUUACAGGAGAGCUUCCAGGCUAAUGAGGGAAAGGAAGAAGCUGAAAAGGAGUGGUGGAUUCUAAAACCCGGGAUGAGCGAUAGAGGGCGGGGGAUUCGCUUAUUUAAUAGCGAAUCAGCGCUGCGGGAGAUCUUCGAGGGGUGGGAAGACGACCAACCCGAUUCCGAGGAUGGCGAGGAUAGCGAAAACGGGAAGGUCGUCGCCAACGGCAAUGGGAAAUUGAACAAUGAUGAUAACCGUGACGAUGACCACGGAAUCAUCACCUCGCAGCUCCGCCAUUUCAUAGCGCAGCCAUAUAUCCACCCGCCUCUCCUGCUUCCAUCGGAAUCGAAUAGGAAAUUCCACAUCCGCACAUAUGUGCUAGCUGUUGGCUCGCUGCAGGUUUAUGUCUACAGGGAAAUGCUCGCACUAUUCGCUGAGAAACCGUAUCUGUCUCCCUGGGACAGCAGUGGUGCCGGCGUCGACGACCUUACCCGUCACCUGACAAAUACAUGUCUGCAAACCGGUCGCGGCGGUACUGCCAAACAGAACUCCGUUCGGCGCUUUUGGGCACUCGAGGAUACCGCCGUCCCCUCUCUUUCCUCCUCCUCUCCGCCAACUUCAGGAGAACCCAACGCCAGCACCAACUGGAAAGAAAGCGUAUACCAGAAGAUCUGCGCUGUGACAGGUGAGGUCUUCGAAGCAGCAGCACGGGGUAUGCUGGUGCAUUUCCAGACGUUGCCGAAUGCGUUUGAGGUGUUCGGCGUUGACUUCCUGGUCGACAGUCGUGGCAAGGUCUGGCUGUUGGAGCUAAAUGCGUUCCCGGACUUCCGGCAGACGGGUGACGAGCUAAAGGGGGAUGUCGUCGGUAAGCUGUUUGAGGCGGUGGUGGAGGUUGCUGUAAAGCCAUUUUUUGGUAUUGAGAAAGAUAUUGAGCGGGCUAAAGCACGGGCUGCACAAUUGGGGUUGCAGCUGGUUAGGGACCUGGAUAUGGGGAUGAAGAGGUGAGGGGGGGUGUUUCUGCCACCCACGCUACUGAAUGUUGAUGAGCCCAUCAACAGUAAGUAUAGGGCCAAAUACUUAUCUCCGCCGAUAAAAUAAGAGGACAGUUGGGCAUCAUCUGGUUUCUUGUGGCCAGCUGAUCAAUGGGGAACUUCGGAGCCACCCACACCUCUGUUACACUGCUGGGUGCGUUUGCGGGAGGAAUCCCAAAAUCCUGUGCCAUUAUCACAGCGAUCAAAGUGCGGUAUUUAAGCUGCAUCGUCUUGUGCUUGGAAGAUUGGUUGGAGUUAUGACUAUAUAUUUUUUAUUUAAUUUUUUUUUCCUCGUCGAGAUAUCAACAUGCGUUAUCCGCGGGUUUUUUUAGAAACGGGAGGAUUUUCAGAAAAGGUAGAUAUAAAGCAUCCACAAUUUAUACUCAUUCUUCAGCUCG